AACAAAUUAUCUUUUUUUUCAGGUGUGGGGGCAUCAAUUAGCGUGACAUCACUGGAAGCACCACUACAUGCAAAACGCUACAGCAACCAGACGCUCAUCUGCCACUACAACCUGGUCACACGUGAACUCUACUCCAUUAAGUGGUAUCUCAAUGAAAAGGAAAUUUUCAGCUACCUACCAAACAAUGAGCCGCCCAUGACAGUGUAUCCAGCCAACAGCUCCGUCAAAGUUAUUAUGGAAGAAUCAACAGAGAAUCAGAUAGUGCUGCAAGAGGUAGACCUGGGUGCCUCCGGUGUAUAUAAGUGUGAAGUUAUGGCAGAAUAUCCAGACUUCCUCAGUGAUUCCGCUGAGGCCACUAUGACAGUUGUUGUGUUGCCUGACGAGCAGCCUAAUAUUGAGGGAGACGUUGCUGGUCACUACGCUGUGGGGGAUACAGUCAACCUUAACUGUACCGCAGCUCCAUCAAUCCCUGCAGCUACACUUGUUUGGUACAUCAAUGACCAGCUGGCCAAGGGCGAAUAUUUGCAGAAUUAUGAAACGGAAAAACUUAGUGAUGGACUCAUCGUGUCGAGGCUCGGCUUGAAAUUCCAGUUAUCUCAGUCAGACUUUAUUAAUGGGGAGCUGAAGCUAAAGACCUGCCUUCUGCCUCGGCAUCAGACGGCCUCAUCAAACGACUUCUGGCGCUUCAUUUCAUACUUAUCGUCUUUGUGCACCUCCUGCGGUAGAGGCCCUCCUACAGUAGAGGCCCUCCUACAGUAGAGGCCCUCCUACAGUAGAGGCCCUCCUACAGUAGAGGCCCUCCUACAGUAGAGGACCUCCUACAGUAGAGGCCCUCCUACAGUAGAGGCCCUCCUGUGGUGGACGCCCUCCUGUGGUGGACGCCCUCCUACAGUACGGGCCCUCCUGCGGUAGAGGCCCUCCUACAGUUGAGGCCCUCCUGUGGUGCACGCCCUCCUACAGUAGGGGCCCUCCUGCGGUAGAGGCCCUCCUACUGUAGACGCCCUCCUGUGGUGGUGGCCCUCUUGUGGCUAAAUUAGACGUUGUGGACAAGUUAGUGAUGGAAGGUUUAAGUAACUAAGAUAUACAUGAGAAAAAAGUUUUAUUUGUGAUAAAUGAAAUUUGUGAACAAUUAUGAAGUAUUUUACAAAGUUACUUUUGUUACAAUGGUAGUAUUUAUUUUAUUCCAUAAGCAUCCUCAUAUUUCUUGAAAUUAAGAGGAAAGGAAAUUACUGGUUCAGUGUCUGCCAUUGUUUUAUUUAGGAAAUACAGAACUGAUUUGCUUUCUUUUAAUUGGUAAUAAGUCUUAAAAUGACCGAGUGAAUGGGACAAUGGAAGUUAAAGAUAUUAGACUAAGUGUUUAACAUUUUACUAUGAUACAAAAUAUCUUCACUGUAAGAAGUGUAUAUAUUUCCAUUACUUUUAAGUGAGUAAUAAGUCUGAUAAUAUUUUCAAGGAAACUUCAUAAUGUUGGUUUUAAACCAAAGGCCACAAGAAGUCUUUUUCUUUGCCAAAUGGAAAAAUUUGUGUCUAUUAUUUGUGAAAUUAUCUAUAAUUUGUGAUAAGUUCUAUGUGAUUAUUUUAACACACUGCUCAGCAUUUCAUUGCUGCAUGUGGACCAAUUCUCUACAUACAUAAUUUCUCUUAAUAGAGAUGAAGCCAUGUAUCACACAAUGUGUUCUGUAUAGAUAACCCCACAGAUACUUGCUACACAGUUAACUAUGAUUGUGGCUUAUUUGAGAUUAUAUUUUUCUCUAAUGAUAUAUGUAUAUUUGGUUGGAUUAUGAAGGACUGUAGUUGAUCUCUUUCUUUUGUAUCAAGUCUGGGUAAUAUGUCCAGAGUAGCAAUAAAUAUUCCUUUUUUUAAUUUACGUUUUCUGGUGUAAUUAAUGUUUGAGUCCAGUUUAAUAUCAGGACGGUAAAGUUUUUAAUUUUUUUUUUGGUUCAUUUGGUUGUGAGACGAUCUUGAAGUGAACACACACAUAAUAUACUGAAGACUUCAUCAUGGACAGGAAGCAAAGGUCUUAUUCUGUUGCUGUACUGUACUGUCAUGAUAAAAAUUCACUUUUAUAGUUAAGUAACACUACAGAUAAAUAAAAAUACACUGUACUGUAGUUUGGGGUUGACAGCCUUCAUUGAUCAAUGGAAGUAUUAGUUGUCACUCUGGUUGAUAAUUUACUUGGCUUAUGGGCACAAGUAUUAUUUUAAAGUUCAAUCUCAUUUUUCAGCAGAUUUCUAAACUGCAAAACAUCCAAGUUCCCAUAAAAGUGUCUGAAUGUUAUCUCAGUUAGUCAGGAAAAUAUACAAGGCCUCAUAUAAAUUUCAUAAACAACUUUGGGUAUUCUCAUAAUUUUGAGACUAGAGCAUUUUUCUUUUUCAUUUUAUAUUUAAAUUAAUAAUUAUGAUUUUCAAACUGUCGAUACAUAUUUUUAGAAUCAAUUUAUUACCCCCAUUACUCUUAAAUAUAAUAAGUUAUUGGGUUUUGCAUAAACAAUUAUGAUUUGUUCUAAAUUAGCAUAAAGCUACAUGUGUGUAGAGUUGUGGCUGCUGCUGUGCUUCCCUGUAAUGCCAAACUGGGGUGUUACCAAGUCUGUCCCAUGUAAAUAUUGUAGCUGAUCCACCUAACAUAACUUUACCUAUGGAUAUUUUUAUGAAUUGUGCAGCACUAAUAUUCAAUCUGCACUUCAGUCACAAGUUUUGCCAUGAUAAAUCACGUUUAUGAAAGAAAUCACCAUCUUUGAGUCUAUUCAAUUUUAUUCAGCGCUUUAUCUGAGAAAUAAUUAAUAAUUCAUAAUUUAAAUAGUGUUUCAGUCUGUGAUCCCAUAGUUUAAAUACCCUGAUUAAUUAUCUUAACAACUUCUUUCAUAUAUCAGAGGAUUAAUUACUAUUAAGAGGUUCAUGCAUAUUAAAGUGUUUCAGUGCUGCACAUUAUCUCAAUACUGUAGCUUUUCAGAACAGAUUACUGCUGAACAAGGCCUCACAUGGCCAGUCAGGAAAUGUGAUGUGUUAUCUUACUGGUGCUGUUCACCAAUAGGCAGGUCCUAAGCAAUUAUCAGAGAGAGAUAGUGGCUUAGGACCUACUGUACGCAACUGUGUCCAGAAACACCACUGCUGUACUAGUUCUUCAUUAUAAAAUGCCAUGUGGUUUGACCAUCGGAGUGUACGUAUAUGAGUUUGUGCAGCGGCCACUGUCGGAUGUUCCUCUUCUCGCACGUAUGCCCUAUAGAAGGCUAUUGAUGCAAUAUAUGAAGGGUUAGACCUUAGAUCUGGUCUCUAGUUAAAGAUACCUCUGUAUACUGUACAGUAUUGUAUUCAUAUGUAUCCCAUACAUUAUGCAUCACAAUGAUAGAUAGCCUUUAAACUUGUGUUGAAAUGUGUUAAUUGUUAAUUUUCAUUAACUCUUGGCCAGUUGGCUACUGCAGAAUACUGUUAAAACAUUUGGCUGUGUCAAGUACUGCAGAUGGAAUAACUACAGUAUUGUUUUACUAAGAGAUGUAUGUGCAAAAAUUAAGGUUUUCUCAAAGCAUUUAUAGUGGAGCAGAAACAGAAGUUGGGACAUUACCAUUUGUGUAGUGAAUGAAAUUAUCAGGAAUUGUUGUAAUUUUCUUGGUUAAAAGUUUUAAUUUAAGUUAUUAUCAGACAAGUUAUACUGUAUUGUAGAGAAGAAAACAAUACAAUAGUUCCGUACUUUAUGUGGCAAGACAACAUAAACACUCCCGUGGUUAAUAACAAAAAUAAAUGCUUGUACAUGUAAAUAGUUUUUUUUGUACUGUACA